AUGAUAAUCUUUGGGGGUACAAACUGCAAUACCAGAAGCAACAUCUCAUUGUCUGUGGCAAGGCUAGAUACCAUAACUGAACUUGAAAAGCAAAGAUACAGCUAUUGUCCCAUUCUUGCAAAAGGCCCAACCAGGCAGUCAGAUCCAUCAUCAACUGCAUAUGUUACUUGCCUGGUCUCAAUAAUCGCAAUUUGUAUCAGUGCAAAUGCACAGCAAAAUGUGUUCAACGUUCAAAGUUAUGGAGCUGCUGGCAAUGGCAUCACUGAUGAUUCCUUGGCGUUCAUGAAGGCAUGGAAGGAUACAUGUGGUGCUGGAACAGGCAUUCCUACCAUGAUUAUCCCCAAGGGGAAAAUAUUUUUGGUGAAUCCCAUAACAUUCACAGGCCCCUGCAAGCCUAGCAUAAUCAAUGUCAAGUUAUCAGGAACCAUUGUAGCACCCAAUGGUCCUGAUCAAUGGAAGGCAGCUGAUCUGUCAACAUGGUUAGCCUUUCAGGACGUAAAUGGUCUAACUAUUGAUGGCCCUGGCACGAUGGACGGGAGUGGCAAAGGCUGGUGGGAUCGCUCAUGCAAACUUCAUCCUGGUCAUCAGGGAUGCAUCAGACUAGCACCAACGGUACUCAAAUUUGCCAGAUGCAACAAUAUUCACAUGAGCAAUAUUAAGUUUCAAAACAGCCCUCAAACGCAUGUGCUGGUGUUGGGAUGCCAAGAUGUUGACUUCGGAUUCUUGACUGUACAAGCUCCUGGAACAAGCCCCAACACUGACGGGAUACAUAUUCAGAUUUCUCGUAAUGUAUCCAUUCACAAUUCACAAAUUGGUGAUGGAGAUGAUUGUAUCUCCAUAGGUGAUUUGACCUCUGACAUCAACAUCACUAACAUUAAUUGUGGUCCUGGUCAUGGUGUGAGCAUUGGAAGCCUAGGAAAGGAUGGACGGGAGGCUCAAGUAAAGAAUAUUAACGUGAGGGGAGUAAAUUUCCGACGGACAACUAAUGGGGUACGAAUCAAGACAUGGCAGACAGGCAGAGGUGUAGUUGAGAAUGUAUCUUUCUCAAACAUGAACUUCACAGCAGUGGAAAAUCCAAUUAUCAUUGAUCAGUUCUACUGUGAUGUUCCGAAUUCAUGUAGGAAAACGAACACUGGAGUUCAUAUCAAUGGUGUGCUCUACUCUCAACUAUAUGGGACAUCAAGAACACAAGUGGCAAUCAAUCUGAAUUGCAGCGACAAUUUUCCUUGCACGGGCAUUACAUUAGAGAACAUUCAGUUGGCCUCAGCAACUCGAGGAGGGCAUUUGGUUUCUAGCUGCAACAAUGCCAUUGGAGUGAGUAGAGGAAUUGUAGAGCCAAAAUCCUGUCUCCCAAACAUAAUUUAA